UUGUUGAGUUGUAGUCCGCCAUAAAGCCCACAGAAGAAGAAAAAUACCAUGGCGGCUUCCAUUAGGUUGCUCGCUCGGAGAAUAGUUCGUGAUGCUUUUCGAACUAUCAAUAGCAGUGUGUCUGUUCGAAUAGUCAGUUCAAGUUGCCCUUCAAAUCUUUCAGCUUGUCGAUGUUUCAGCGAUGGUGCCGCGGACAAAAGUACACAUUUCGGCUUCGAGACUGUGUCCGAAGGAGAGAAGGCAGAGAGAGUUUACAAGGUGUUUGAGAGCGUGGCCCAGAAGUACGAUGUGAUGAAUGAUGCUAUGAGUCUGGGGGUCCACCGGCUCUGGAAGGAUAUGCUACUCCACGUUAUGAACCCCCAGCCAGGCAUACGCCUACUGGACGUAGCUGGAGGAACAGGUGACAUCUCCUUCAGAUUCCUGAACUAUGUGAGGUCUCAGCAGGAGCGUGUUGCACGGCGGACUGCCCGGGCCAACCAGACCCCCUCCUGGCAGGAGAUCUCAACCAGCUACACGACCCCCACGGAGGGAAUAGAGAUGGAGACGGAGGCCAGAGAGUCCAGGGCUGUAGUCUGUGACAUCAACAAGGAGAUGCUAAAAGUGGGCAAACAGAAAGCGGAGAGCAUGGGCGUCAGUAGUGGUCUGUCCUGGGUGGUAGGAGAUGCAGAGGAACUGCCUUUCGAUGAUGACCAGUUUGACGUGUACACCAUUGCUUUUGGCAUCCGUAAUGUCACCCACAUAGACCUGGCUCUACAGGAGGCUGUGCGGGUGCUGAAGCCAGGGGGAAGGUUCAUGUGUCUGGAGUUCAGUAAAGUCACCAAUCCCCUGCUGGCCAGGCUCUAUGAUGCCUACAGUUUCCAGAUGAUCCCAGUGCUGGGGGAGGUGAUCGCUGGCGACUGGAAGUCCUAUCAGUACCUGGUGGAGAGCAUCAGGAAGUUCCCAGACCAGGAGACAUUCAAACAAAUGAUUGAGGAUGCAGGGUUAUUUUCUGUCCGCUACCACAACCUGACAGGAGGAGUGGUGGCCCUACACUCUGGAUUCAAGCUGUGAACAGUGCAGUGCUGAUCUCGGAACGGAGCAGUCCUCCCAUGUGAAGAGUCAUAUACUACCCUCCUCUGGUCAACUGAGAAACUACACUGAUCACUCUGAAAGUUAUGGAUUGAUAUGGUCCCCUCUUGCCAAAACUUGACUGAACCACACAAAGCCACUAAUUGUGUACAAAUCAAUCAAAUAAAACUUUAUUGAAAGCACA